GAGUUUGGGUUUGGAUGAGUGAAGAAAAUAUCAAUGCUGGAGAAAGGUGCAUCUUGAAAGCAUUGACCAGCUCAGAAAAUUGGACAUAGUAUUGACGCAUAGGCCUAUCCGUGUUGUAGCAGGCGUGGUGGUGAGCGUAGAAGGCUACCAUCCUAGCAGCACCAUGAGCCUGGAUGAGGAUGCACGGUGGCUGGAGUGGGUCACCAAGCAGUUUGAGAGCAUCGCGGGUGAUGACAAAGAAAUUGACCUGGAAGAGUUCAAAACGGCCCUCAAGGUCAAGGAGUCUUUCUUUGCGGAGCGGUUCUUUGCGCUGUUUGACUCUGACGGCAGCAAAACCAUCAGUCUGGACGAGCUGCUGAAGGCUCUGGACCUGCUGAUCCACGGCAGCGAGACAGACAAGCUCCGCUUCCUCUUCCAGGUCUAUGACGUCGAUGGCAGUGGCUCGAUUGACCCAGACGAGCUGCGCACGGUGCUCAAGUCGUGCCUGCGCGAGAGCGCCAUCUCCCUGCCAGAGGAGAAGCUGGACGACCUGACCCUGGCUCUGUUCGAGUCGGCCGACAAGGACAACAGCGGGUCCAUCACUUUCGAGGAGCUCAAGGCCGAGCUGGAGAACUUCCCUGAGGUCAUGGAGAACCUCACCAUCAGUGCUGCCAACUGGCUGAAGCCUCCAGGCCUGGAGCAGAAGAAGGGGCGGCAUACGCCGCGCUACCUGACGCCGGCAUACUGGCACAACAACAGCCGAAAGCUCCUCUUCCUGUGCGCCUACACUUGCCUCAACCUGCUGCUGUUCAUCACCGCCAUGCUGAAGAACGCAGAGGGGGGAUUCUGGUACAUGGUGGCCAAGGGCUGUGGCCAGUGCCUCAACUUUAACUGUACCUUUGUCAUGGUGCUGAUGCUGCGGCGCUGUUUGACCUGGCUGCGGGCCACUUGGGUUGUGAGGGUGCUGCCUCUGGACCAGAACAUCCUGCUGCAUCAGAUGGUGGGCUACGCCAUUGUCACCUUCUCCACCAUGCACACCACCGCCCACUUCAUGAACUUUGUCCACCUAACUCAGAACAGCAGCUACAGCCUGUGGGAGUACCUUUUCACUACUCGGCCAGGGAUUGGCUGGGUGUGGGGCUCUGCAUCCGUCACCGGCAUGGUGCUACAGAUCAUGAUCUGUCUAAUGGUGGUCUGCUCCAGCACCUUCGUCCGGCGCAGCGGCCAUUUUGAGGUGUUCUACUGGUCCCACCUGUCCUAUGUGUGGGUGUGGGUUCUGCUGGUGGUGCACUGUGCCAACUUCUGGAAGUGGUUUGUGGUGCCUGGUGUGAUCUUCCUGCUGGAGAAACUAGUGGGCGUCGCUGUGUCUCACAUGGGAGGCCUCUACAUCGUGGAGGUCAACCUGCUGCCAUCUAAGGUGACCCAUCUGGUAAUCAAGCGGCCCCAGUUUUUCCACUUCAAACCAGGGGAUUAUAUUUACAUCAACAUUCCAGACAUCGCUAAGUAUGAGUGGCAUCCUUUCACCAUCAGCAGUGCCCCAGAGCAGCCAGAUACUCUUUGGUUGCAUAUCCGCUCCAUGGGCCAGUGGACCAAUCGUCUGUAUGAGUACUUCAGGCAGCCGGACAGCCAGGUGGUCAGCACCAAGAGACUGAGCGCCAGCCUGAGGGACAGACGGCACCAGAGGAGGGCCCAGGAGGAGCUGUUUAAAUGUGCGAACUGCAACGGGACGGUGGCCUCCAACGAGGACGAUGCCAUCGAGCUGACACUGUAUCGACAAAACGGGUGUAGACCAGGGCCAGGACCAUGCCCAGGACCAGGGCCACAGGGGCCCAACCCAGACCAGCAGAACCAAGCAGAGAGAGGGGAAGGCCCCCCGCUCAGAGAGAUCACAGCCAAGCUUAGUGAAAACCACAGGUUCUGCAACGUCAAAUGCUUCGUGGAUGGGCCAUAUGGGACUCCUACCAGACAGAUCUUUGCCUCUGAACACGCUGUGUUAAUCGGUGCUGGUAUUGGGAUCACACCUUUCGCCUCCAUCUUACAGAGCAUCAUGUACCACUAUCGCAUGAGGAAACAGAACUGCCCCAACUGCAGCUACUCAUGGUGUGAGAACAUCAAGGACAGUGAGAUGAAACUGAGGAAGGUUGACUUUAUCUGGAUCAACAGAGACCAGAAAUCAUUUGAGUGGUUCGUGAGCCUCCUGACCAAACUGGAGAUGGAUCAGGCUGAUGAAGAGCCAGAGGGCCGCUUCUUGGAGAUGCACAUGUACAUGACCUCUGCCCUCAGCAAGAAUGACAUGAAGGCCAUCGGCUUGCAGAUGGCGCUAGACCUUCUGGCCAAGAAGGAAAAGAGGGAUUCCAUCACUGGUCUUCGCACUCGCACACAGCCAGGGAGGCCAGAGUGGGGGAAGGUGUUCCAGAAAGUGGCAGAGGAGAAGAAAGGAAAGGUUCAUGUAUUCUACUGUGGAGCACCUGCACUGGCUAAACUCAUCAAGGCCCAGUGUGAGCACUUUGGAUUCAACUUCUACAAGGAGAACUUUUGAGGGCUGUCCAACGUUUUUCCUGACUGACACCAGCAUCCUCAACUAAAUCCAUACACCUAUGUGCUGAUCUAUGUCAACAGUUUCUAUACCAUACACGCUGGUUGUCCACAAGCACUGUCUCGUGCUGAAUCUGCACUAUGUCUUUACCCACCAAAGUGUGUGAAACCGACAUCAGUGUGCUGCUAACAGCUUCGCUUCCUCCACUGUCCCUGUCCCCUUACUGGGCACGACCAGUGGUCCUCUGAUCGCAAACACACCGCCCUCCUUGAUAACGUACCAACUAGUUGUGCUAUAAAAGAGGAUCUGAUUCGAUAGCACCAUUGACGUGCCUGCCCUUAAUGCUUGCCUUGGUCAAGAAGUAUAAUGCGUGCCUUUAUACUGUAUAUUCUAUCACAUUUAGUAUUCAAAUGGAUCUACCUUGCUUUAAACCAAAACAUAUUCCAAAGCACAAAUAAUAAAUGCCAGACAUUGUGACAGAGAUUGAAAUUAGGUUUACGUCAUAGACUUACAUAAUUAAUGGUUUAUGUACCCCUUAACUAUGUGUUGUUGCCAAUGGAUCCGAUGUAUUUGAAGUUUCUGCUCAAAUCUUCAUGGAAGGUUAUUAUGAUAAAUAAUACAGCACCUUGGUGGAAGUGUUAUAUGGGUAAUAAAGGGUUAUAUGGAUAAUGAAGGGUUAUAUGGGUAACCCUAAGUAAUGUAGUGAUUGUUCUGCAUCCUGGGUAAGACCAGAAGGUGACCAUUAUUAUAGGAAAUAUAGAACAUAUCAACCUUCAGUUACAAUUUUAUAAAACGUAUAACCAUUCAUUGUAAUGUAACUACAGUGCCUUCAGAAAGUAUUCACACCUCUUGACUUUUUCCACGUUUUCUUGUG